AUGCCGUUCUUACUAAAGUAUUUGAAUCAGAUAAAACAUGAAUCUGCGCUCCAAAUGCUAGCCACUGAGCAAUCAGAGGAAACGUUAAAUCUGGGACUUGCAGACAUGGAAGAAUCGAUUCGAAUGGCAACCGGUCGAAAUGGCGUUCACUUUGGCGAAACAAUCAACUUGUAUGGGCCCUCAGGUGGUGGAAAAACAUGGGCCCUGACGGUGCUGGCCGAACAUGUGCUGCGUCAUUCGAAUGAGAGUGUGAUCUAUAUGGAUUUGGACGGUCGUUUCAUAUUUCGACGACAGGAACAACAACAACAACCGGUCGAUAACGAACGAUUCCACUUGUUCCAACCAAAACGAGCUCAGCUGUUGGCGACAGUGCAAGGGGUAGAUGAGUGGCUCUAUCGUCACACGGAUACGCGCGUGACAAUGGUUCUCGUUGAUGGCGCUGCUGCGCUGGAUGCGACACUCAUGGAGACGUUGCGACGAUACCAGCACAAAUGGUCGUAUGUGCUCGUGACAACAUCGUCAGAGCCGCAGCCCAACGCCCAGUGCAAUUACCGGUUCCAUGUCUACAAGAACGUCAACACGAAUCAAGUCGAAAUGAAGCUCGCUUGGCCUAGCAUGUCGUCAUCGACGGUGUCGUCCACAACAAAGGCAUUUCCGGUGACAAUGACGAUGACAGUGUAA